GACGUAUCACACGUGUGGCGGUGGGUCGCGGCUAACAGCUGAGUAGGAAGCCGAAACGCGCUUAAUGUUUUGUCCUUUUCUGCUCCAUUGGAAAAUUUGCCUCCACUAUUUUUUGGACUUGCACGAGCUCUGUGGCCCUCAAACAAGGGUGUCAUGGUGGUGAAGAAGAAAACGGUCAAAGUGGAGGCUGUGGCGCUGACCCAAGACAAGCUCCGCACGCUGAAAGCCUCCCUCUCUGUGGAUGGAGAUGAUGGAGUCCGGGACAUAGCCCUGACCCUACUUGCGUGUUUGGACCUGACAGAGCCGGUUCAGCAAAUUCAACAGGUCAAGAAAGCUGGGUCUCAGUUGGAGUUACUGAACGAGGAGCAGUGUCAUGGAGCUCUUCUACAGGCCUGUCUCCACACACUGGCACUGGUCUACACUUCUCUGCAGGCAAAGAACCCAUUACGUAGGGCCUGUGCCAGUGCCCUGAGUUCAGUACCAGCAUGGCUGCAGAAGCAAACUGUCGACUGCCUUUGUGCUUGCCUGUCUGACUGUCUUUCCAGCCAAGGCUCAGACCAGGCUACACAUGUUAUAGAUUCUAUCAGUGCUUGCCUGGAUGGUUUUUCAUUUGGUGAGAAAUGCAUUCACAAACUGCUACCAGAAGUGUUACAAUUUCUCCAAAAAGCCUUACAUGAAUAUCUCCAACAGAACAGUGAUCUGGUGGGGCGUCAUGUUGCCCAGGCCCAGCUAAUGCAGUCCACUCUGGCUGCUGUAAAGACCUCUAUGCUGGUAGUGCAGAGGUCCCAGGAGGCACUCAGCAUUGCUCUACAGGCUGACCAGGAUCACUGCACCCUGCAGAGAACACUCAGUGGCCUCUUGGACUGCUAUAUACAAAUCCUAACUGAUGAGGAGUUUGUCCAGACAUUGCAAAGCACAGCGGGAAUGGCUGUGGUCCUACUCUUCAGAUCUGUGAUGGGAUCUGGAGAUGGAGUGGCUGCUGUGGUGUGUGGUCUAUUGUGUGGCUCACAGCAGGGUGCAGAGUUUGCCCCCCAGUGGCUUAGGCGGAGCUGUGAGGGUUUAUAUGAACAGAGCCGACCAGCAGGGGUUUCUCUCUACCUGUGUCAUGGAGCCCUCGCCAUGCUGAGCUGGAAAGGAGCUGUCCCAGGGCCAGAAUGGGAAAAACUGCUGCUCCUAGUGCCAUACACGCUGCUGGACCUAGACACAAGAAUAAAGGAGUCAAGCACAGCUAUGGUGGUGGCUCGUGUGCUUACCCUAUGGAGCAGUGCUGCCUUGGACUGCAUGCAGGGGAUGCUGCAGCCCUGUUCUGAUAGCCUUCAGCAGUCUCUAUGUGGAGGAUCAGAUCUUCAGGGAGACCUCCUGGGGCAUGUCUACUCCCACUGGGAGCACCCUUUAGACGGUGUCCGCCACCAGACUCGCGCCCUGUUCAGGAAUCUUCUGCUCCUUCAUCAGCACACAAAGCCCUCUGUUUCUGACCCCAUCAAGGACCCUUACAUCACAGAGCUGACCCAGAGCUUGCUGGGACUAGAGUGGCAUAUGAGAGGGAAGUAUGGGUCUCUGGGCUGCCUGGUGGAGCUUCUAGGGGCAGAGUACCUGCUUAGCAUCCAGCCCCAGCUGCCCUCAUGUCUCUUGGGCUUGAUGGGUAAUCAGACGUUGGCUCCAUAUGCCAGUGACCUCCUUGAGAGGCUGUUUGUCAGCCACAAGGCACAGCUGGCUGAUAAGGCUGGUGCAACGGGUGAAACUGGCAAAGAGGCUUGGAUGGAGCCUUGGCACCGGACGUGGCUGACACCCCUGCUUCAGGUGCUGUGCCAGGCAAAGCUGGACCAGACCACCUACAUCUUAGACUAUUUCCUACCCAAGCUGCUGCGCUGCAGCCCCUCCAGUUUGUCGCACAUGUUGCAAGCCCUUCAGGAUACACCGUCUUGCAAUGCAGAUGUUUCAGGCAGCAGGGGUGCUUUAGGUGCUCUGAUGACAUGUCUGCGGGCAGCCAGGGCCCAAGGGGUGGCCCUGUCCUCAAAGGAUGGGCUGUGGGGAGGUCUGGUACCUCUCUCCCUUCUCCGUCAGGCACUGGUACACAAACAUGAACAGGUCAGAAUGGAUGCUCUGGGCUUGGUGUGCGAGAGCCAUCGGAGCACAGAGUUCCUGACCUCACAGGAAAUGGACCUGAUCUGCCACUUCCUGCCUGCCAAUCUCAACAGCCAAUCACCAGGUCUUCGACAGCAGACUGUCAGCCUACUCAAAAAGUUGCUGUGUCGUGUGAAAGAUAGCAGCCAGCUCCUGCAGAAGAGAUUGAGCCAGGAGCGAGACCAAGGGCAGAGAGAAAGAGACCAACGCACACUGGAAACAUACAAGGAGUUCCUGUGCUGGCUGUGUGAAAGGCUGUUUGAGGUUCUGCUCCCUGGAGCCUCCUUCUCCACCUCCCUAAUGUCCCUCCACCUGCUGGGUCUGCUGGCACAGCUCUUCACCUUCAACACUGAGCCUGAUGUCUUUGCCUUGGGUGAGGUGGUGACCUCUGCACAUGCUCAGAAUGUCCUCUAUUGUGUGGCCAGCAACUUCCUCGAAGUCAAGCAGUUGGCUUCAGUGUUGCUGCAGCAACUCCCUCCAUCAGCUGUGGGACUACAGGAACCAGAAAGGAUGCAGAUUGUUCUCCGGGCUGCUCUGGACCUUAGCACCAGCACCAAACCUUUCGACAGCGUCACUGCAGCCCACCUCCUAAACCUGCUGCUUCACCAGCCCACCCUGCCCCAGGCCCUGCUACGUUGUUCCCAGGAGCAAGGCCUUCCUUUCCAGCUUCCCUUAACGUCACAAUCCAAGACCUCUGAGGCGUUCACCAUGGAGCUCAACACUCUGGCUGUGGUCCAGUUCUUGCUGCAGCGUCUGAAGUCGGAGGUGGUGAGAGCGGAGUCAUCUCUUCUGCAGGCGGCUGCCUCUUACCCACUUUACGGCAGAGCCCACUGCAUCACCGCUGUCCUGCAGCAGCUCAACUCUGAGAGUCUGAGCCAAACUGAUCAGUGGCGGUGUCUGGUGUCUGAGCUGAUUGACGUGUGCUACAGAAUGUCUGACGUGGUCUCCCCUGUAGUCCAGAGCUCCUCCCCUGAGGGACUCAUUCCCAUGGAUGCAGACUCAGGGACAUCCGCAGGUCUCCAGAAGAUCCUUUCAGAGAUACAGCCCAGGGACACCAAUGACUUCUUCAGCAGUGCCAGGGAGCUGGACGCACAGCCCGGACUGGAUGACACAGACACUCAGAUCACAUGCACAGCAACAAAGGACAACACAGGCGACAGUGACAGUGGUGAGGGCUACAGGGUGACAGCCCAGAUGGUGCUGGUGUGUUGCUGGCGGAGCAUGAAGGAAGUAGCCAUGCUGCUCGGACAGCUGUGUCAGAGUCUGCCCCUGCACUGCACAAACGACGGCACAGAAGAAACACACUCUUGGGUCAUCACGGAGGCGCAGGUUGAGGGAGUCGGUCUGUACUUCCGACAGCAGCUCCUGCAGUCUCGUCACCGUGGUGCAUUUGAACUGGCUUACGUGGGGUUCGUUCGCCUCACCAACAUGUUGUGCAGGAGUAGGAGCCGAGCCCUGCAGCAGCUUCCUGCCCGCUGGCUGUCUGAGGUACUGCAGGAAGUCAAGUCCAGUGACCCUUCAUCCAAGCUUUGUGCCACGCGUCGCAGCGCUGGAAUACCUUUCUACAUCCAGGCCCUGCUGUCCUCUGAGCCAAAGUCCUCCAGCUGCGGUCUGCUGAAGAUGACCAUGAGAGAGCUGACAGCUCUGGCCAUGCCUUCUUCUGGCAGAGACACCGACCAGUCCACUGUCCCUCAGGUCCAUGCGCUCAACAUCUUGAGGGCUCUCUACAGAGACACUCGUCUGGGGGAGAACAUCUUCCCCUUUGUCUCAGAUGGUUUGCAGGCCGCUGUGCUGGGCUUCACCUCCCCUGUCUGGGCUGUCAGGAACUCCUCCACUCUCCUUUUCAGCACUUUGAUCACCAGAAUCUUCGGAGUGAAAAAAGGGAAGGACGAACGCUCGAAAAAUAACAGGAUGACAGGCCGCGAGUUCUUCACUCGAUUCCCAGCGCUUUAUCCAUUCCUCCUGAGCCAGCUUGAAGAGGCUGCUGCAACAGUGGACAGUGACAGCGGUCAAGUUAAGCUGCAUCCCAGCCUCUUCCUUCUCCUGCUGGUACUUGGUCGACUCUACCCCUCUCCGAUGGAUGGAUCUACCUCUCCUCUGGGACUUGCCCCUUUCAUGCCCUUCAUUAUCAGAUGUGGUCGUUCUGCUGUGUACCGGACCCGGGAGAUGGCGGCUCGUGCUCUUGUUCCAUUUGUGCUGGUCACCCAGGUCCUCCCCACCAUCAGCAAUUUACUACAGGAACUUCCUUUACAGCCUGGACCGCAGAUGCAGCACAACCACAUCCACGGGACACUGCUACAGGUGUUGUUCCUGCUGCGUUCCUACCACACAGACUCCCAUAGACCCCUGCCUACAGGAAGUGGCAUCAGCAAAGCCCUCCGCCAGCGCAUGUGGCUAGCCUCUAGACAGAACUGCUGUGUGGUGACCAGAGGGGCCUAUCUGGAUGUUUUGGUCUGCCUGUGUGGACCACUGACCAGCUCUCUUCCUGACUCUGAACUCUGUGAGUUGCGGAGAGAGACGCUGGCCGUCCUGAUGGCCUCAGAGCUGGUCUCCUCUGACGGGGCCUCCUCUUCCACCCUGGGCCCCGGCACCACCCAGUACCAGCUCAGCCUGGCACAGCUGGCGCUCAGCGCAGCGGUGGAGAGUCCAGAGCUCUGGGGUGCCCCUCAUUUUGGGGCGCGACUCCUGGAGCGUCUGCUGCAGUGCCCCCACUAUGAGGUGAGGGAUCUGGCACUGAAGGGGCUGCUGAGGAGCAUGGGGGACAAUGAAAAGACGAAAGAGAGACCACCGUGGCUGGAUGAGACCACCCUGUCUAACCUGACCAGCCUGGCUCUUCACGAGGAACACCCCCAAUGUCUGGCCAAGGUUAUCCAGGUGUUGUGUGGGCUGUGCUCCAGCGGUCAGCACCUCUGGAGGGAUGGCGAUCAGAACUUGUCCCAGGUGGAGGUCCUGGCUCACCUCCUCGCUCUGGCUGAAAAUUCUGCACACAGUGUGAAGCUACACUGUGCGAGCCUGACCCUGGCCUCUCAGCUUGCGGUUCAAGUGGUGACCUCCGACCCCAAGGGUGCGGGUGCAGUGGAGUGCCUUGCUCAGUGGGGGGCGCUGGUGUGCGCGUGCUGCAGCGAGGCGCAACCAGUGGAGGUGAAGCUGAUGGCUGCAGAGAUUCUGGGCGGAUCUACGGCCACCCUGCUGACCAGCAACGCCCUACCCAUGGGUCUACGUGCUACAGUGUGUUUGUGGCGGAGUCUAUUCAUACUGCUUCAGGAUGAGAACCACGAAGUCCGAGAUUCGGCCUCUGACUUCAUCUCCAGCGUCCCCAAACAUCUACUCAGCUCAGAUGUCGCCGGUGUGCCGGUGUGUCCUCCGGUUGCCCUGGACCUGGGCGUCGGGCUUCUGUGCCGGCUGUUGGUGCUGUGGGAGCAGGUUCCAGCAGGUGUCCUCGCCCUGGCGGAGUGGCUGCUGGGGGGGGAGGAAGAGGAAGGUGGGGGGAGAGGAAGAGAGGAGCGCUCCAGUCUGGAUGAAGAGGAGUUCCUGUUCGAGAAAGGGGACUUGAACCUUUGGGCAGAGCCUAUCCAGUGGGUGAGGCUGCUCCACAGACACCUCAUCGCCCUCAGCCUGACGCUCGACCCGACCGAGGACCCGCGGUCCAGAGAGGCGGCACAGAGCCAGCUGCACAGACUGUCGAUGCAGGCGGAGGCCCAGGCCUCGGGUGCCAAACAGGCCCUGGAAGGCCUCCCAGGCCUGCCCCAGUUCUCCUGCACCGCGGAGCACGCUCAGCUGACCCUCAGACACCACAGGGCUGCGCUAGCUCUAGACGUGUUGGGGAGGCUGAGGGAGAAGAGUUCACAGGCCAGAGAACCAGGAAGUGGCUAGCUGAUCAGUAAAAACCUGAUCUUAUGUUUAGCGGUAGGCAACACUCUCAGAGAUAAGGCUCCUUAAUGUGCAGCAUUAUGGAAGGAACCGGGUUUUGAUAUGGCUCCAUUAAGGACUCUCUCACUGAGAUAACUCUCAAGAUUACGGACUGGCUUUCUAAGACAAGUCUUUGUGUCAGAGCUCUUUGUGUCAGAGCUCUUAGCGUAGAUUUCCAAGGUGUUUUUUCAAAUUCUGAUGACUGGUUGUCUUCUCUGACGUUGUUUUAAAUUUGUUUUAUUUUUAAAGGGUAUGAAUUUUUAAUUGCUUUGUUAUUGGUCAAAUUGUCAACAUAAUAAAGACAUA